AACGUGUUGGCUAAGGCCCUCUAUGACAAUGUGGCCGAGUCCCCGGAUGAGCUCUCCUUUCGCAAGGGGGACAUCAUGACAGUGCUGGAACGCAACACGCAAGGCUUGGAUGGCUGGUGGCUCUGCUCCUUACAUGGCCGGCAAGGCAUCGUUCCAGGCAACCGCCUCAAGAUCCUGGUGGGGAUGUAUGACAAGAAGCAGCUCCCUGGGCCUGUCCAAGGGCCCCCACAGCCUUCACUGCCGCAGCCUGCAGGACAGACCCCGCUGGCAUUCCCCCAGCAAGGGGGCUACACCCCACUCUCUCCUGCCUCUCAGUACACCCCAAUGCAUCCCUCUUACCUCCCCCAAGAGGACAAUGUCUACUUGGUGCCAGCACCCAACAAGACCCCGGGGGCCCCGGGGUCCUUCCAGUCUCCUGCCAGCAAGCAGAUUUCUGCGUACCCCAAACAAAGCCCUUCUCAAGCCCAGGAUGUUUACCAGGUGCCAGCCGGGCCAGCCUGCCCAUCCCAGGACAUUUACCAGGUCCCUCCAGCCCCUGCCAGCCUGGGACAGGACAUUUACCAGGUCCCUCCUUCUCUGGAUGGACGCGGUUGGGAUCCCCCAAAGGCCCAAGGCAAGGUGGUGAUCCCCACACGGGUGGGACAGGUCUAUGUCUACGAGUCCCCCAAAGGAGAGCAGCAGGAUGAAUAUGAUGUUCCCCGACAGCUCCAGGAGAUCUAUGAUGUGCCCCCAACACGAGGCUUGAUGGUGAACCGGAGUGGCCAGGAAGUCUACGACAGCCCUGCGAUGGUGGGAAAGAGCUCCAAUGGUGGAGCCCAAAUCCAUGAGAUCUACGAUGUGCCGCCCAGUGUGGAGAAAAACCUGCAAGUGGUGAGUGGAGACACAGGACCAACAAGGAGUGGCUUGGUAUAUGACAUCCCUCCCUCGGUCAGCAAGGAUGUCCCAGAUGGCCCCAUGAGGGAGGAGACCUACGACAUACCCCCCGUCUUCUGCAAGGUGAAGCCCUUCGACCCAUCGCGUCAUCCACUCAUCCUAGCCCAGCCUUUGGUGCCCCUGGUGGAGCCUUCCUUGUCUGAAGAUGUUUAUGAUGUCCCACCACCCACCAGUAAAGGAGUAUCAGAAGCCCAGGAGAUCUACGAUGUCCCACCAGGGCUGAGAAAACUGGCCAGCCAGGAGGUGUAUGAUGUGCCCCGAGAGCUGCCGAUCAGUAGUAAGGACGGGGAAGGCGACUACAUCUACGAUGUCCCCCCGCAGACGGAUCGGGGUGACAGCAAGCGGCUUUCCGCCUCCAGCACGGGCAGCACCCGCAGCAACCUUUCCAGUUCUUCUCUGGACACGGUGCCUGUUCGGGAAGCUCCAGACAAGGAGCUGCCCCUCGACCAGGACGUUGCAAUGGAGACGCUGGCCCGGCUCCAGAGCAAGGUCAACACGGCUGUCUCGUAUCUCAUGUCCUUCAUCAGUGGCAGCUGGCGCAGCCCUGAGAGGAUGGAGGCUCACGCAGGCCACAUCCAGGGGGCAGCUGAGAGUGUCAAGGGGGCCCUCAGGGAACUGUUGGAAUUUGCCCGUGGAGUGGUGAGCAGCGCUGCCCAGGCCUCCGACCGCUCCCUCUAUUCCAAGCUCAGCAAGCAGGUGCAGAAGAUGGAGGAGGUGUAUCAGGCACUGCUGCGGCACAGCCAGGCUUUGGAGGGUUGUGGCUGGGCUCCCAGUGCCCUCGUGGCCAGCAAGCCAGGGGCGCCAGACGACCUUGAGCACCUGGUCAUGUACUCACGGGGGGUGCCCGAUGACACCAAGCAGCUGGCCUCCUUCCUGCAUGGCAAUGCCUCGUUGCUCUUCAAACAGACCAAGGGGUCCCCAGCCCCCUUGGGGGAUGGCAACCAUCCCCACGGCACGCCCUCUGAGAAGGCAAGCAACAUCCAGUCCCGACCCUUGCCCUCUCCGCCCAAAUUCCUGGCCCAGGACUCGCCCGAUGGGCAAUACGAGAACAGCGAGGGUGGCUGGAUGGAAGAUUACGACUACGUGCACCUCCAGGGGAAGGAGGAGUUUGAGAAGACCCAGAAAGAGCUGCUCGAACGAGGCAAUAUUAUGCGACAAGGCAAAGGACAGCUGGAGCAACAGCAGCUGAAGCAGUUUGAGCGACUGGAACAGGAGGUCACCCGUCCAAUUGACAAUGACCUGUCCAACUGGACACCCCCACAACACUACCCCCACAUGCGGGGCGGUGGCACUGCUCUGGGCCCCUCUGACCGGCAGCUGCUGCUCUUCUACCUGGAACAAUGUGAGGCCAACCUCACGACGCUGACCAAUGCCGUUGACGCCUUCUUCACCGCGGUGAACACUAAUCAACCACCCAAGAUCUUCGUGGCACAUAGCAAGUUUGUCAUCCUGAGUGCCCACAAGCUGGUCUUCAUUGGGGACACUCUGUCACGCCAGGCUAAGGCCCAAGAGGUCCGCCAGAAGGUCACUCAUUACAGCAACCUUCUCUGCGACAUGCUCAAGGAGAUCGUAGCCAGCACCAAGACAGCUGCUCUCCAGUACCCGUCCCCGGCCGCUGCCAAAGACAUGGUGGAGCGGGUUCAUGAGCUGGCAAACAGCACUCAGCAGUUCCGCAUGGCCUUGGGACAGCUGGCUGCCAUGUGAAGUGCCCCUUGGAGAAGUCUUUAGAUGAGCCUCCCGUGGUGAAAGGACUGUAAAUGUUUCGUCCAACUCACCUGCCCACUGAAGUACUGACCUGGAGAGGGUGGGGGGCAUCGACUGGCCAGCUGCUUCCUUCUCCUUUAGCUCCUUGGUGACACAGACUGUGUCAGUCCUGGAUCCCUGAGGCCACCCAGUCUUACUGCGGCCAAGAAGGGAAGACAUUUUCAGCCCUUGCGGCAAUUGCAGAGGGCAAAUAAUUAUUUUUUCCUGUUUGAUUCCAAAACUGUUUGGCAAAUGAGCGCUAUUUAAAUCAAAUAAAGAAACAUAGAAUCCAACUGAUUAGGGCCUAACGGAGACUCUUCUCCAGUGUGCAUGUGUGAAUGUGAAAGAGACGUGAUUGCUGUGGACCUGUCUGCCCCCACUUUGAAUUUGCCCAAGUGACUUAGAGGAGGUGGGAGGAAGUAGAGUGACCUCUUGGGGUUGAUGAGUUGAUAGUGAUGGUUGGCAGCGCAUUUUAAUGGGCUCAGUGGCUUGGAGAAAAGAAAAGUCAGCAGUGUUGGUGCUUGGAGAGUUCUGCCAAGGUUUCAGAGCUCAUUCUCACAGUUUCAUCCAGGCUUUCAAAUCCUCCCUUGCUUUAAAACCAGCCUGUUUUCCCCAGAUCAAAACUUUGUGGUAGGUAAAAGAAAAGGGGUUUUGCUCUGCUGGAGCAAAGGCCAGCCACUUAGCACUCCGCAGAACAGGCUUCUCCAGGAGCAGGGGGGGGGGACCUUGGUGUCUUUGUCCCAAAAGGGAAAAUUCAGCUCCAUCGCAGGAAAAUUGCUCCAGCCAUGCGCAUUUGUAUGGGGCACCGGAAGGCUUUUGCAGAAUGUUCCCUUGAGAAUGUCAUCUGCUCUGUUUACCUCUGCGGGUGCCUGAGAAUGACCUGCUGCAGGGCAUUAAAGAAAUGUGGCUGGGGAGGGAGAGUCCUCCCGAAGUCUUUUGUUGAGGCAAGGCGGGGGGGCUACACUCCUCCGCCUCUUUCAUCCUGGGAAACAGUGGUUGACAUGGAGAGCUGGAAAGACCCAUUUAGGCAUUUCACUGCAAAGGACGCUUGGUGCAGGAGUCCAAAUUCAGGCUCCUCAGACAGAGAGCUGUCCAGCUUCUGCUUGAACUUCUCCAGUGAAGGAAAUCCUCCAUCUUUCUGGGUCAUUGCUUCUGUUUGUCCUAAUGUUCAGCCAGCAUUUGCCUUGUUACAACUGAGCCAUCUUUUCUCAAGGUUAUUCUCAGUUUUGUCAAUCUCUUCCCGUAGGUUUUUGGUCCCUGGAUCAUCUUCAUUACCCUUCUUUGUAUCUUUCCAUUGUCUCCGAAUCUUCUUUAAAAUUCGGUGUCCAGAAAUGAGUCUGUGUAUUCAGAGCGGAAUCUGACCAGUGCAGGAUAGAACACAACUCUUAUUUCUCAUGAUUUGAAACUGUACUGCUGCUGAUGCAACCUACAGUGGCCUUUGUCUUUUUAGCAGACCUAUCAUGCUAGUGAUUCCUAUUUGUCUUAUAUUGUUACAAUUCACAAUAUUGGCUGGAUUACUCAGUACGUGACUCUAGACUAAAAAUAGUAUUGGGCUGCCUGUGGGUCACCUUGUUGUGAAAACCAGGUCUUCAUGUGAAGCCCCAACCUGGUUUGCUUGGGUAUUGUGGGUUAUGUGAACAUAACAAUUCUGUUUGUUAGCCUAACUUUAAGUUUUAAGGAGUUGCGUCAGGGGUGUCUGCAGAAUAUGAUCCAAAAAGUCAAGAUGGCAGCCACGACAGUAUGAUCGAAGCUCUGCCUGUUGUUCACGUGUCUUAGUUUAGGCGAUAUGGUUAGGCCAUUGGUUCCAAGUAGUUAAAAAUAAAA